GUAUCUGGAUCACUGUUUUUCCAAAAUUUAGGAGAGGAAUUGAAGUUAUUGUUCACAGAAGAUAAAAACAUCAACGAGCGAGGAUAGAAAUAUGAACUGCGCGUUUGUCUUAAUGUUCGUUGUUCUCGUUCCGGGAGCAAUUUCAAGUGUUGCAGUUGAAUAUAACUUUGAAGGUUCAAUUCCGAGCGAAAUCAGCCCAAAAACCAAUUUGCAAAUCACCACAAGUCGCUUCAAAAAAGGAUCAAAAUCACUGAAAUGGCAAUGGAGUGCGGCACAGAAGCUGACUUGGGAUCUUUCCGCAAAGAACGUGCAAAUCAAAAGGAACGCUGGAAUACAAAUUUGGGUUCAUAAUUCGGAAGCAUUGGCUAAUAAGUGUCUAUCUAUCUGUGUUCGGCAAUUGCAAGAUUCCAGUGAGAAAAAUUUUUGUUUUCCCUUUUCUCUCAAUUUUAAAGGCUGGAGAGGAGCAUGGGUAUCAUACUCGGAAUUUUUUGGAUGUUCUACAACAUCAUCUGCAUCAGUCCGCGGGCAACAAAACUACGUCGGAAAAGUCAAACAGUUUACAAUUACAGCUCCUUCCGGCGUAACAUCAUCGAAAACCUUGCACAUUGACUUUUUAAGAUUUCUUGAUAAGCUUCCCACUGGAACACGAGAUUUAAUCGUCCCACCUCUAACAUAUGUAGAGUCAAACCAAAACUACUGUACGAGUUGUAGCAAAAUAUUUUCUGGUUUAACUCAAGAAGAUGCUUUGUUAAGACACAGGCGAAAAUCGUUCUGGCAUCAAAUAUACCGUUGGAGCCUACAACCUGCGUAUCCCUCAUUACCCUCUACAGUGGAUUCCUCAAAAAUGACCGCUAUUACUGAAAUAACUCGACGUUUAAUUAAUUGGUACGCAAGUGACACCCAUGCAUUUACAACAAUCCCUCACAGUGUCUCUACAACUGACUCGUUUCUUAAACAUCGGUGGGACAGUUUGGUGAAAUAUUUUGACGAUGCACGAGUACAAUAUCAGAAGUUGUUAAAAGGUGGUUCGACCACUCCCAAUUCUGGAUUAUUUUCACGAAAUGACAAAUCGAAAGCUCGCGGUGGAAUAGAAGAAUUUUCGUUCGUUCACCAUAGGGUCCUACUUCCGUUGACGUUAGAAUUUCAUCUUAAGUCGCGUACAGUCGAGGUCGAACAUGUCGCCUGUGAAUUCGCUAAAAAGUAUAACUGUGAUUCCGGAAAUACCCUCGCUGAUGCGGAUGUGGAAGCAAUUACUGGCAAAGAUGCUUCAUUAAAGGCGUCUUUUAGAGCUUCCUAUAGCCGUUCGUUUGAUUCUACCAGCAACGAUAUGGCUCCUAAAUGCUCAACAGUAAAAAAAGCCUGCGUUGAACAUGUCAAGGGAGCUUUAGAGAGCAUCAGUAAUCUUCGUAAAACAAAGAUAAUUGGGCUUAUGAAUUACUUAAAAGAUCAAGGGUUGAGCAAAGGAAGUGCGCUUGGCUCCAUGGACCACGAACUCCUUCAAAUGACGGGCUUUCUGCAUUCAAUGUUCUUGAUGCGAAAACAUCUCGCUUCAGACAUGGUUGAAACGAUGAAAUGGUAUGUGGAGUUUGGAGAGGUUUACCAAGAAACGUUUGAGUUCAAGGGCAGUACCGCGGACAGGAUACGAAGUGCAAUGUUGUAUCGAUUGAUGGCCGUGCUUGCGAUGCCUGAAAGUAAUAAGGAAGAGAAGACUAAAAAGAUUCGAGAUAUGGACGCAUUUAAAAGAUGGGUUGAGAACGCCUUGAGUGUCACUGAAGGACUUUCGGGACUUGUUAAGCCAGAUUACACGGUUUUCCAUCACAAGACAUUUUACGCCUCUGCAUAUGGUCCUCAAGCAUUGCAUACAGUUGCUUUGAUUUCUUCCCUGCUGGAAGAAACAGCUUUUGAGUUAAGUAGCCAGAUAAAAUUGAAUAUAAUCGACUCAUUAAAAGUCCUUCGAAUAAGCGCUGUUCUCUAUUCGACUCCUAGUUCGAUUGGUGCGCGUUUUCCGCGUUAUGAUCAAGCCAUUCUUGCUGAAAUGGUGCCAGCCUAUUGUUACAUGGCCACGAAAUCUCCUUCAAAAGACUACCUGGCCAACGGUGAUCCGAAUUUCAACUCUGAUUUAGCUGAAGUUCGCAUGUGUCUCCGACUCUAUCAACCAGUUCCUGGAAGCUGUACCGGCGAAUUAAAUGAAAGACUUUGCCAGGGUAAAGCAUCAAGGAUUUACUACUUGAACACGCUGGGUUCUUUGGAAAUCAUAGAAAGAGUAAAACGCCUCGCCGCCACAUACAAAAUUGGCCCAAGAAAAUGGUUUUAUAAAGCGGAAGAAUCACCAAUAGGUCACUGGGCAAAACAGUUUGGAUCGUUUAGCGUACAUCGCAGAGAUGACUGGGCAGUUUCCAUGAAAGGUUUUGACAAGUUUGUUUGGGAUUUUGAAAGUGGCAAGGAUAAUAUCUAUGGAAUGUAUGGCAGUCAUGGAGCAAUGCUAAUAGCAAACAGUGAGGCAGCCCUGAGUUCGAAAAACAUAGACAAAGGAUGGGAUUGGAGAAAUUCCUGGUACAACCCGGCGGAUAAUGCUAUGGCCGGUGGUUUGUUCCUCGAAGGUAGUAAAGGCAAAAGACAAUCUCGGAAUGGUGUAUUUGGUAUGGACUUUAAACAACCCACAUAUAUUGGGGAAAAAAGUUCACCUUUUAAGACAGUUGAUUUUCGCUUCAAGAAAUCAGUGUUUUUCUACGACGAUCUCAUUGUAUCGCUUGGAUCAAACAUUCAACACAAUGGUCAAAAUUAUGAAGUUCAUACCACAUUGUUCCAAGAUUUGAUGCCUUCAACCAGUUCUUCAUCCAGCAGCACUUCGUCUUCAAAUAUCUUUUCUUGCAAUAAUAAUGGUUUAUCGACCAAAACAUCCUGGUCAAAUAUUGAACUGGCAAUACUGGUGGAUGUUAAUGGAAACAGGUAUUAUGUCCCUAAUCCAGACAGCCAAGGUUUGGUACUUCAUCGUAACCAAAGGCAAGAUUCCUAUAAGGCAAAUAGAAAUCCACCCGAAGCAACAAAUGGCAUGUAUUGUACAGCGUGGUUUAACCACGGUAGAAAUCCCUCAGGAGCAAAAUCGAAAUAUGAAUAUGCUGUGCAAGUAAACGCAGAACCGUCCAGUGGUACAAAAAAGGCGCAACUCGUUCCGAGCAACAGAUAUCGUGUCAUUAAGAAAUCUGCAAAAACACAUGUUGUAGAAUUCAAAGAACAUAACGGCAGAGGUCUUGUCUAUGGCUACGUCGUCUUCCCUAUUUCUCCUUCAAAGGCAGUGAGAGUAGGAAAAAGUGGUCCAAUAAAAUCUGUUUUACAACAAAGUAUUAUGAUGACAGAGGAAACAACAAGUCCUAAACGGUUGUAUAUAAGCGUGAAAUCACCCCAAUUGAAGCUGGAACAAAUAGAUCAAUCACCAUCGUGGUGCAAGGGAGGAAAGACUAAUCCAUCGAGGAACGGAGACGUUGAUGAAACUUUGCUGUAUUGUUCCAAGAGCGCUGAUCAAUCUGUUCACAUUAAUUUACGCAAACCCAACCAAUGGUCAAGAUUACUAUCUUUAUACGUUGGAGGAAAAAAUAAAACGGGUUCUAAAAGUGAUUACCUGGAACGAGCAGAGGCCCCAAAUCAUAGCCUUCUGAAAUUCAACAAACUACAAAACGGAGCAGAAACAGAAGUGGCUUUCCAGUAAUAUAAUUGGAACAUUUCCUCCAUCUGUUCUUGAACA